AGUCCAGCCCAAAAGCUUUAAAAAUCAGCAGAAGUGUAAACAUCUCUUAGGGUCAAACAGACAGCAAAGAUACAACAGAGGCAGGUCUGUUUUGACAGACAGAGGGAACAAUGUUCUCCCACCUGUUGCUGUGGACAUGCAUGGCCUUGCCAGGUCUGCUUUUAGCCUCCCAUACCAGUCUGUUGGUCGAGGCAGAGGACGCUGGCACCAGGAUCUGUAAACCUGCUCCCUAUUGGGAUAUAAAAGGACAAGCACCCAUGCAGGAAUUACUGGGAAGUGUCGUGGUGGUGGCACUACUGAAAGCGAGCUGACAGUUUUGUCUCACUCAGGCCUCCAAAAUCAGAGACCUGCGUGACAGGCUGAACCGGAGCAACCUGACAGAGGUGUCUUUCAUGAUAGUCAAUGAGCGGGACUCUCUGUCCAGAGCGAUGUACUGGGAGCUGAAGAGAAUAGCGCCUCCUGAAGUUCCGGUGUACCAGCAGGCUCCCUUUCAAAACGAUGUGUGGGAGGUCCUGGAGGGUGACAAAGAUGACUUCCUUGUCUAUGACAGGUGUGGUCUCCUCACAUUCCACAUAGUGCUUCCUUACAGUUUCCUGCAAAAACCUUAUGUUGAGGCUGCCAUCAGAGCUACCUAUCUUAAAAACAUCUGCAAUUGUACUGCUAAUUUUACAGCAAUGAAUGGCAUCAUCACAAAAAAUGAUAACGUCAACAACACCAUGGCUUUACCCAAAAAUCAAGUGCCUAAACACCAUUAUGACCAUUCUCAUCUACCUCACGGCUACCAGAAUCAAUCACAUCAUCACCUUGACCAGAAUACAACUCAAAGGCCUCUUCAUCAUCACCACCAUCAUCAUCAUCACCGCUAUCAUAAUCCCAACUCUCAUACUCCCUCAAACCACAGUGUCCAUGCUGGAAAUGAUAAUUAAGAUUGAAUUUUAGUUUAUAUUUGUUUUGUUAGGUUCGUAUUUUCUCCCUCUGUGAAGAGGCAGUAUCUUCUGUUCCUCCUUGUCUACUCACAUUAAUGAAGCCUACAGUCUCUAACCUGGCUACAGGAAGCUGUGGAUGGAUGUGUGUGGAGAGACAAAUAGUAGAUCUGAAAGUUGCUGUUUCUCAGAACUAGAGAAUCCAUUGCAUUGAUGCUAAGCAUGUCUCUGUCUCUUUAUUGAUUAAAUAUUCUUUCUUUCCUGUUCUUCAUAGAUUAUAAUUACCUAUCGUAAUGAUAACAUUUAUUAUAGGCUGAAGGUCUGUCAAGACACCACCGAAGUUGUUCUUCGUUUUGUUGUUCUCAUCCAAUCUAAUUUUGAAGUCCUACUCGUCUGUCACCCAUGAACCGAUUGUAUUGAAACUUUUAAAUCAGGCCUGAUUAAUUCAUUUGUGACUCAUUGGUGUCUUGUUUCCUGUAUAAUACAAAUUUGCCAGUAGAGGGCAUACUCAUACUGCCUUUAGCCUGUAGUGUGCAGGAGCACACUAGUGCUUGAUUUUACAGCACAGACGUACACAAACACUCAAAAUUUAGUAUGUUACUCAUUUGAGUUCAGUUGUUUCAUUGAGGUUGUGAUUCCUUUCAAGAACCUGGGAGACAAGAUGAACAGGUUUUAGUUUUUCUGAUAUUAUUACUCGUAUUAGUUAUUACUUGCAUGCAGGAUAAUAAUAAAUGAUCAUCAUCCAGGUUCUAGAUCGUAUUUGUCAGACUAUAAGGUGAACUAAAAUUAUUUUAUUUUUCCCAAAAAUUGACAGUGUGCCUAAUAAUCCAUUGUGUUUUAUAUAUGACUUCUGGUUGUGCCUAAUGACCUCCCAUUGUUGGAGGAUGACUGUAUUAUAUUGCUCUAGUAAAAUGCUCAAAAAACACAUUUGUCAUUCAUCAAACCAAUAAAUAAAACAAUAAAAUAAAUCAAAAAAACAAUUACAAUUUUAAAAGAUGUGACUGGACCUGAUUGUCCGAAAAAUAGGGU